AUGGACAACGGGUUUGACUGGCUUCAGGGUUUCUUGCAACCCGGAAGCCAGGCCGAAGAUGACCCCAACAGGGAUGACAUGAUGGCUCAGGCGCACCAGGCUUUUCGAGAUGUCGAGGAGAUGGCAAACGCGACAUUCAUGAAUUCACAACCCCGUGACGAACAUCCUCGAAACCAACUCCGACAGGCCAGUGCUCUUCAGCAGCCGCCGUCUACUACCCGCACGUCAUUCGGCUCCUCUCAACCCCAGCCGGACUAUCCUCAAGGAACCCAGGACUUAGACCUUCCAGAUUUGCUUCGAGAAUAUCUGAACAACCCUCAAUCUCAUAGCCUAAAUCCUUUGAUGACGCCAAAUAAUCCCCCACAUGGUGCAAUGAAACACGCCUGGACCACUGUUAAUCGUGGAAAUCUGAACCAAAAUGCAUCAGUCCCGACACAGGGCUCUCCUAAAGCUGCCCGGAAUCCUCCUAGCACCCACGGAACGACGAGGCCAAUGGCUCCUGUGCACAGGGCAACAAACACACCGGCGCGGCGAGAUCAAUCCAGAUCAGGAACCUCACAGCAACGAUUCAGAACAGUCCCUGGUCACCACGUGCAAUCAGGUGGCAAUGCACAGCGGCAUUAUGCGGACCCAUAUGGAGAGAUUCAAAGACGGAUUCAAGUGCAGGCGAUGCAUCCAGACCAGCCCUUGAUCCUUCCUGAAAUUCCAGAAAUUGAUUUCCAAACUGCUGCUCGGGCCAUGAUGGGCGUUCCUCGAUCCGCACCCCCACCCCAAGAAACAGAUUCGCCCGCGAGGAGGGCUCAGAAUACACCCCAUGGCCACCCUACGAUGGCAGUCAAUGAGGGUUCAAGGUCGUCUUCAUCCGCUGCGCGACAGAAAAACCAGCCAGUCCCACGUGUUCAAAACACACAAAAAACGGUACCGCGGGCUCAGGGCUUCUAUCAAUACCCGUAUCCAGCAGAGGCCCUAGCCCCUGUUGCUCCCGGCUAUCCUCACCUCUCCAAUCCGACGACCGCGUCUACGAAAGCCACGCAAAAGUCAUAUGUUCCCCGGGUUCAAAACAAUCCGACGCCAACGAGGUCUACACAACCCAAUCAAGGCUAUGCGCAGCAACCUGGGCCUAUGAUGUCUCAAGGAACACGAAUUAUUGCCAAUUCAGAGCCUACAACAGCUCAUAAUACGCCUUCUGCUAACAUGCGGGCGAUGAAUCGGACGCCGCUGGACCACAGCGGGUCCAACACUUCUGCAACUGCAUCUACAACAACCUCCGCUGUGCACAAUGAUCCGUACCGGGGGCAACUCGUGCGUGGGAACAACCAUGGGAAAGUGUCACCAGUCUCGAUUGUCGGACCUCCGGCUCAAAAUCACACGAAUCAGCAGCCGCGAAAUCCGGGACAAAAUAGAGCCGCGCCAGCAAUGGUAUCUUCGGCCUCUGUGCCAAUAGUCCGAAAUGCACCUACUGCCGGCACAUCCCCCCUCCCAAAGCCCUCCGAGCCGGCCCAUACACGUGGCUCAGAUGUCUCUCUGCUUGCCUCUAGAGUGGCUCAACCACGUGCUGAAACCAACCCUACGUUGGGAACUUAUCAGUCGCACUCUCACCCUCCACCUGGACUUCAAAUGCCCUGGAAUCGAUCUGCCAAGUUCCAACGUUUGAUCAAUGGGACACGCAAACCUGUGGCCUCACAGAACCGCCCGCCCAGACAGCUUCCACCGACAAGUGCUUCAUGGCAGUAUUCGCCUACUCCCGGGGAGUAUGCUCAGCAGCACCACUCGGGAAAGAUUCUCAAGAACCGUGAUGACUUGAUGCAGCACAUAUCGGCAAGUCCAGCGAUCACGGAGACACCCUUCGAUCCAAUUACAGUCGCACGAGAUAUUCUCAUCGCCGCCGGCAGGCAUCCAAAGGAAAAGCCUCUGAAUAACCAUCUAACUCAAUUGCGCCGCAAUUUUGUGAAACUCGACCCCCGAAUCGAUCUGCAUACAUUUCGUUGGGAUCUUGUUGAUGCCAAACAACAUCGCGCUGUAGACUAUUUUGCGCUGGCGGCUCAUGGGCGGCCCGGCCCGGGCUUGAGUCCCGCGCAAAGUCCGGCGCAUAGUCCGGCGCCAAUACCAACUACUGGCUCAAUGCCAAUCCCCACCUCAGAGCGUCCUCCGGCCUCGGAUCCCGGGCCAGAUCAAGGCCCUCCAUCUGACUUGGUGGUUGUUCAGCACCAGGUUGCAACUCCAGCACCGCCGUCCGCCCAGUCAGUCACUGUAUCACGUGACACACCGCCCAUGUUUCCUCCCAAAUCAAGCGGGAUCGACGCGCGCCCCCCUCCAAAUGGUUUAAGCACCUGGGGCACUUUGCCUUUCGAGCCACCAGCUUAUCAGACUUCUGAACGCGUAUCACCUGCGCUAGCUUCUUCUACACGUCCCGAAUCUCCUGUGCCCAAACAAUCCGAUCCUCCUACACAUUCCACUCCCAUUGUGUCAAUAUCACCGCCGUCGCAAAACGAGUCACAAAAAACUCACCCACCCACCAACCCGCCGCCUGAAAACGCACGGAGUAUUCCCAACCCUAUUUCAGAUGUGAAGUCAAAGACGAUAUCUCAACCACCUAAAGCCACGACUCGGUCACCUUCUAAGCAAGUGUCCAAAACCCCAGAGACAACGCGCCUUCCAACACCACAGGUUGUAAUUCCUCCAUCACCAGACAAGAUGGUUGAAAAGAAAAAGCCACGCCGCCCACCGAAGAGUGCAACAAACGGUGUCGAAGCGAGAGUUCCAUCAUCCAAGCCACAUGUGAAUUAUCAGGUAUUUGCUUGUCAGUGGGAAAGCUGUGUUGCGGAACUUCACAACCUGGAUGCCCUUCGGGGUCAUCUUGUGAAGAUCCACGUACCACAUCACCUGGUUUGCAAGUGGAAAGGGUGUGAGAACUCAACUCCUAUGGCAGCAGCCGACAUGUAUGCGCACGUCUCAAACGAGCACAUCUCCAAAAUUGCUUGGAAACUUGGGGACGGACCAGUGGUACCAGAACCUGCGGAAUUGACACUGGACCAACCGUCUUACCCCGCGGAACCAAACGCCCCGAAGGCCACCAUGAUACUGCCAGUCGAUGCGACCCAAAUCCAAGCUUAUAGCAAGGUCUAUGGGCUCAACUCAGAAGUCGAGAAGGCUAAGGCUGUAAUUGACGCAGGGCGCCAUUGGAAGCAACAAAUUGGACCAGCUCUGGACCAGGAUGGUUGCCGUCUCUCAACACCUCCUCGUCAAACCAAACUCAAUUGUGAGGAGGUUGCUUUCAUCUCACACCAUUGA